AUGGCCAGGCUUCUGCCUCUAUGUCUGCUCCUUCCAGGUCAGACUUCAUCAGCAUGUCCUCGUCCUUGCUCCUGUCAGGGCACCCGUGUGGACUGUAGCAGCACAUCUCUCACCUCCUCCAAUCUGCCUACCAGUUUCCCCAGUGGAACCACUGAGCUCCUCCUCCACAACAACCCGCUGACCACCCUCCCCAAUAGAAUUCUGGAUGAUCUGACUGCACUCCGCUCUGUGUCCCUCCAUCGCAACCCCUGGGUCUGCCUGCGGCGUCACCCUUCGAGCCUUAAUUCACACCUGGGAGUCAACUGCAGCUCCCCUCCCCAUCUGAAAGGGCGGCUCAUAACAUAUUUAACCGAGGAGGAGGUGCUGGACUCCUGUCACUACUGGUACUGCAACCUGGCUUUGUUCUCGCAGGUGUGUUUGAUUGUGUUCCUGAUGGUGCAGGCGGCUCUGCUGGUGGCUCUCGUUGUGUUUCUGAAGAAGUUUGAGAAGCUGUCCAAGGAAGAGGAGAGCUUCACAGCUGAGGAGGCUCAGAAAGAGAAUGAGUACAGCAGCCUCUGA